AUGUCACGUUUUCUAUUACAAACUAAUAUUCAAUCUUUGGACGUCGUUAAUCCUAAUGCCGAUAUUUUGACACCAAAGCAAGAGAAUACAACAUUGAUUUGGCUUGAUUCAAAUAUUGAUUUGAAUAAUGCUGAUAUUAAAAAAACCAAACAGAUGCUUCGAGGUAUAAAUGAUUUCGUAUUAUUUUAUACCGACUAUAAACAGUGUAGUGCAUAUAUCGAAUCAGCAAGAAAUGAAAGUGUUUUUAUAAUUGUUUCUGGUUUUAAUGCAAAAGAUUUUUUUCGGUAUGUACCUGGUUCAAGCAAUGUAGAGUCGAUAUUUAUAUUCUGUGGUAAUGAUAAAAGUUAUUCUUAUUUGAAGGAGCAGCAUACCAAAAUAGUCGGUAUAUAUACUGAUCAAAAACCACUUAUUGCUGAAUUAAAAAAUAAACUUUCAGCUCAUAAUAAAAAACAAUCGAAAUUAUCUCUAGUUCAAUUAAUAGACAAGAACAAGCCAAAAACAACAUGUGGAGUUGCCACUAAUACAUCAAACUUUAUAAAAUCAUAUUUAGCUGAAAGUAUAUUGUCGAAAAUGAUUUCAACACCGGAAUCUAAAAAAGAUUUAAUUGAUUAUUGUACAGAAUAUUAUCAAGGAAAUCCUAGUGGACUGAGCAAAAUUACAGACUUUGAUGAAAACUAUCGAUCAUCCGAUGCUAUCAAAUGGUAUACGAAAAAUACAUUUCUAUAUAGACUAAUUAAUAAAGCAUUUCGUUCACAGAAUUAUCAACUAUUAUACAUAUUUCGUUAUUUUAUUAUUGAUUUGUCACAUGCACUCCGAUUAGAAUGGGAAAGAUCAAAAAAUGUUCGAUCACUGUAUCGUGGCCAAAUUAUGUCAAAAGAUGAAUAUUUGACUCUAUUAGAUAGACAGAUAAUAAAGAUGAAUGGAUAUGUUUCGACAACACGUAAUCAGAAUGUAGCAAAGAUGUUCGCUGGUGUAUAUCAUGCUCAAGAUGAUAGUUGCCAAUCAGUUUUAUUUGAAUAUGAAGUCGAUAAUAAUAGUGGUAUUACUGUAGCUGAUAUAUCAGACCUCAGCGAGCUUACGGAUGAAGAUGAAUGUUUGUUUGAUGUCAAUGCAACAUUUGAAAUUACUGAUCAUCAUGAAAUUACUGAAUAUAAUGAAGAAUAUGCUAUAAUUAGAUUGAAAACAAAAAGUUAUGCUGUGAAUGAUGCAAAUAUUCAUCUUGAAUUCUUUUAUAGCGAAUCUUAUGACCUAUCGGCUGCUUUCUCCUUUGAUCCUUUUGAUCGUGGAGACUUAAACUUAGGGGAUGAAAUAAUUAAAAUGGAUAAACUGUCUAAGCGAUUGAAUUAUUAUGAAUAUUACAUAUUAAAUAAUUAUCCUGUUGAUUUUCCAGAUCAUUACAAAUUAGGAUGUGGAUAUUGUUUGAAAGAAGAAGCAUUUCAGAAUGGUCCAUUGGAUGUGAACGAUCGAACACGUGAUGGAUUAUGGGAAAACAUGUAUGACCAUGCCUUGUAUCACUUUCAAUCAUGCAGACAACAGGUAAUGUUUCGAUUUAAAUAG